CCGAAAAAGACACAAGGCAGUAAAAAUAGAAGCAGAUAUGGUGCACCUUACGAACAAAACGCAUAGUAGGCAAAGCUGAAGCUUCAUUGCUAACGGACUGUUGAGGAUAAGGAGAUCUGCAAUGGUGGAUCCAUGCUAUACGGGGCUGUCAAUAACGUCUAUAGCACUGUUAAUGUCUGUAGGUUUAAACAUUUUUCUUUAUUACCUGAGAAGAAGAGACAGACAAAACAGAGAUGUUGGGAUGCCGUUGUACCAAGAUUCUUUCCAUAGUGACAGGUUUGAGGAUGAAGAACGACAAGAUCAAGACAAUCCUAUAUAUGGAAACAUCUUUGUAGAUGGAGUUGGAGGAUCCAUGUCAAUGGCUGAAUAUGGAAACAACGUACAAAUGCCAAAACAAGUCACAAGACAAGAUGAAAAGUCUGACCCAGAAGAUGUUUCUUAUGCAUCCUUGGAUUUGCGACUUGCUCAGAAACGUAAGAAAAAGAAGAGAUACCAGGAGAGACAGAAUCAGAUGCAUAUGGUUCAGACUCAUGCUGCUCCUGUGCCACAGAAGAGGUGCAUGGAAAGGGGAGCCAACUAUGACGUCGCUCUGCCUUCACGGACCAGCAGCCUCAUUGUGUCCCGCAGCAGCAUCUACCUCAACAGCCAUCAAGUAGCACUGGAGACGGAGGAGCUACAGAGAGAGAGAGAACGAGAAAAGGAGAGAGAGACAGAAUGGAAAAGUACUCAUGAGUGGGAGAUGAUGAUGAAAUUGCAUGGCAACACUGAUCACAGUCUGGGUUCAUCAGAGUCAUGUCAUGAUCAAGGCAGCUAAAGACCAAAGCAAAUGUAAAAAGUCCAAAGAUAUCUGACUUAGUGCUAAAUCUGGCACAAUUCAUUAGAAUAACUUAUUUUACCAUAAAUAUCUUAAGAUCAGUGGUCACAGUAUGUGAAGACAAAUAUUGCUGCCUGUAAGUGAGUAGAAUAAUGAAAUUGCAUGCUUCUGCAGGUACGCUGAGCUCUAUAAUCAGAUUGUACAAUAUAUUCAGCAACAGCAGGUGACAGGAGGAUAUUGAGCAACAUUGUUUAUUUAUGUUGUGGAAAACACCUUUAAAUGUUUCCAUGAGGAAACUGAUAACAAAAAAUAUGAAAGAGGUUUUUUUCUAGGUUUAUGGAAAAAUACAUUGUACCUAAUCAGUUCUGAGCUAAAUUUGUACCGGGGUGUUAAAAAAAUAAAUAAAAACAGCCUCAAAGACA